GACAGAUUGAAUUUGCCUAGCUUUUUUACGGUUUUUAACCUAAGAAAAAAUUGAAAAUGAAAUGAAUUUUAUAUUAGGCAAGGCACAUUCAUCGAUUCGUCCUCCACGGGGACACGACAUCGUGGUUACAAUUCCAUAUUUCACCAAUCAAUCAUCCUUCAAGCUAAUAAUUGGCUUGAAAAUUUGUAUUAAAAAUCUGAAUCUAUUAGAAUUUAUUGGAAUAAACCAUGAAUUGUAACAAUUUCUAUGAUGAAGAGUUUCAAAAUUCAGAAGCAUGGUUGUCGGAACAAAUUUUUUCGCAGCUUAAAGAUUUUAAUAAACCAACUCCAAAAAAUGACGUGGAACCAAAUCAAAUUCAAAACGAAAUACAAGAAGAAACAGAAUCGGCCAAAAUAAAUUCAGAUAUAGUCGAUUUAGAGGCAAUGAAAUAUCAAGGCCCACCUCCUCAAGUAGAACAACAACAACAGGUUAUCUGCCCAAUUCUCAAGACUCCCCAAGAACAAUCAAUUCCACUUGAUGUAGAAAACCAAGAAAAAAACCCUAAUUUAUUUGCUAUUCUCGAGCAACCAUUUCUCUAUUCACAAAUUGUGAAAUGCGCCAAUUGCAAUUGUGUUUUCCUUGGCAACACGUUCAACCAACAUAUCUGUGACUAUGGCGAAGAUAAUAAACUGAUUGUUCCGGAGCCGACAGACCAAACUUUAGCUCCAUUCGAGCCUGGGCCAGUAGAGCCAUCCUGCAUACGUUUGUUGCGUGAAAACCAAAUUCGCAUCCGACGUUUCCUAAAAGAUGAAUUGAAAUACGAUUUGGAUGCGACAUCCUCCUCCAACAACACAGUCAAUAAGAAGCAAAACGGUCCACAUGAAUGUAAUUUGUGUGAGCGAAAGUUUGUCCAUGCAUCUGGGCUCUCGCGUCACAUGGAAAAACAUGCUCUGGAUUUGAUACCAACAACGACUUCAACGACAAAAACAACAAACUCUAAUAAUUCAUCAUCCAACGGCCUAAGGGUGGUCAUCAAGUGUACUAUUUGUGGACGGCUGUUUUUCGAACCUCAAACUGCCUUCCAACAUUUUUGCGUUCAUUUUCCUGAAGUAACGGACAAAGAAGAGUCCACAUCAGAGGCUGCAGAUGCGGAGUUUCCAUAUGAAAGCUAUGUUGAUGAAGCUAUCGAACUACUUAAGAAACAAGUAACAAGCUCGGCUUCGCCAGAUUCGCAAAAUAACAAGAAGCUUGCGAUGCAUCUGCAGAUGGUCAUUCUUAGCUGUAUUCUGCAGUGCGAGUUCUGUGAUAUGAUUUUUUCCCAAGUUUCAUAUCUGUUCGCACACUCCGCCUGCCAUUCUCCCGACAGGCAUUUCGAGUGCUCUUCGUGUGAAAUUCAAGUUGGAACUUCCAAAGAGAUUUUCAUGCAUUGGCAGGCAGAGUGUGUUUUCUCGCGGGAAAAUCUCAAACGUGGUUGUUCCUCACAACGAUUCUACGUCUGCAAUGUCUGUGAGAAUAAGUUUGGAUCUUUGGAGAGUUUGCAUGAACAUAGAUACACAGCUUACCACUUUUUUCCAAGAAAAGACACAAACUCAAAUUUACUGCUGCUUCCUUGCGAGUACUGUGAUCGCAUCUUCCAGUCGGCCAACGAAAUAGUGGAACACUUUGAAGAGAAACAUUGCAGGAAAAACAAGCGCGAUACAACAACCACAAAAUAUCGCCAAUAUUUAUGCGACAUUUGCGGCAAGACCUACACUCAAUCCAGUCACCUGUGGCAACACUUGCGAUUUCACAAAGGUGUGAAGCCUUUUGCAUGCAAGGAACCCGGUUGUUUACGCAAGUUCACCAUUCGCCCUGAUCUGAACGACCACAUCCGUAAAUGCCACACAGGUGAGCGUCCCUACCAUUGCCUUAUAUGCGGCAGGCGGUUCCUAACGGGCUCCGUGUUCUAUCAACAUCGCCUCAUCCAUCGUGGCGAACGUCGCUACGGAUGCGACGAGUGUGGGAAAAGAUUCUACCGCGCCGAUGCUCUGAAAAACCACCAUCGCAUCCACACCGGCGAAAAACCAUUCGGAUGUUUGUUCUGCACCAAAAACUUCCGCCAGAGGGGCGAUCGCGACAAACACAUCAGAGCCCGACACUCUAGCUUGGAUGCGAAUGCACGUCUGAUGAUGCAAUUACGCAAGAUGCAACUGGAAGCAACUGCCAGGGCUGGCGCCGGAGGAGCGACUCUUACUAAUUCUAACCCAACAUCAUCUGAGGAUGUUUUGAUGGUGGGAAACAUCCCCUUCCCCAGAAGCAUGUUCCAACCACUGUUGCCUGAUAUCGAUGGAACUUCGGCCGCUGCAUAAAAUGAUCAAUUUGUGUAUCGAGAAUUCUUUUUAAUUUUAUUUAAAUUAUUAUUGCCUUGUUAUAAUUUAUUAAUUAACUUAAUU